UCUGCUCCUGUGUUACAUGAUUCGUGUUGUUUCAGCACGGAGUCCAGCGGAAGGUCCGAGGAAACGGAAUAAGCGGAUUUUAGCAGGUGUCCAGAAGAUCCGGAGCAACGAGUUCAGUGAAAAAUCUGCGCUAAGGUCUUUACUCUGUGACUUUAUCCGCACUGGGCGCACAUGAAGGAGGUGAUGAAGAAGAGGAUGAAGAGCGCUGCUCCGGUUGUGCUGUGAUUUGUCCCGGUUUUACGCGCGCCAGUUCGUUGCGGGUCUCGAACAUGCAGCGGCUGCGGGUUGCGAUGCUUUUUCUAGGAUUUCUGCACGGCGUGACAGCCUCGAGAUGUGUGGGCCAUGCCUGCAGCCCCCCUGUGGGCAACCUGGCCAGUGGCAGGACUCUUCACACACAGUCAACCUGCUGCUCCAACAGCUCUCUGAUGGCAGACGAUCCUUUUCUCCACCCGGACACGUGGUGGGAAUCGGGGGCCACGGCAGCUGGAGGGGAUGAAAUCCGUUUGGACUUGGAGGAUCGUUUCUGCCUGACCCAUGUGGUGAUGGUGUUCCGCUCACCACGUCCCGCUGCAAUGAGCCUGGAGCGCUCGCAGGACUUUGGCCGCACCUGGGAGACACUGAAGGUCUUUGCUGAGAACUGCAGCUCUGCUUUUAGCCUCCCUGAUGACGUUAGCCAGCAGGAGGCACUUUGCACUUCGAGAUACUCCGGUGCCAUGCCUUGUACUGGGGGAGAGGUGAUUUUCAGGUCCAUGGUUCAGGGCAGAGGGAUAGAUGACCCCUACAGUCCUGAAGCCUUGUCCAUACUGACCCUAACUAACCUGCGCAUACGCCUCCUGAAACACCAUCACUGUACUGCUUCCCCUUUCACCACCUCUAAGGGGGAGCGCAAUGCUCCACAACGAGCACCCAACCUCCCAGUCUCACCCACAGUUCCCAGACAGACACAUCAUCACUCCACACACUCCGAAUCUCCUCUUUACGCCAUCUCCUCGCUCCUGGCACGAGGGACAUGCCUGUGUCAUGGACAUGCAGAGCAGUGCCUUCCUACUGGAGGACCGGACAGCCUACAGAGCAGCGGCGUGGUGCAAGGCAGGUGUGUGUGCACUCACCACACAGCAGGCGUUCACUGUGAGAAAUGCGCUCCGCUCUACAACGAUCGGCCCUGGAAAGCAGCCAACGGCAGCAGUGGAGAACCGAACCCCUGUCAGAAGUGUGAAUGUCAUGGUCAUGCAGAGAGCUGUCACUUCUCCAGGCGAGUGUGGAGCUCCACAGGUGGCACCAGCGGAGGUGUGUGCGAUGACUGCCGACACAACACCGCAGGCCGGAGGUGCCAGCGCUGCCGCCCUGGAUACCGACGCCACCCGGGUCGACCCCUCGACUCACCUCAAGCCUGCACACGCUGUUGGUGCGACCCGGUCGGCUCGGUGUCAGUCAGGACCAACGAGGAGGCGCUCUGGUGUCACCCCAGGAGCGGGCAGUGCCACUGUAAGCCUGGUGUCGGGGGGGCGAGCUGUAAUCACUGCCUGCCUGGUCACUGGGGCUUUGGACUAGAGGGCUGCAGACCCUGCGCCUGCCCUCUGACCUGUGACCCUGUUACAGGUUACUGCUUAGAAAGCAAAACCAUCGGAGAAUUUCACAACAUUCCCCUUGGAGGUAAAAUUCCUGAUUUGACUCACUUCCACCAGCACGAGGAGACCAAGUCGUGGUCCAACGAGCUCAGUGUCUCUGCCCUGUACUACUCAGAGAAAUGUACCUGCAAGGAACGGAAGGUGAAGAGUGUAUCUGAUUUGUGCAGGAUGAAACAUCCUUAUGUGAUCAAGGCCAGCGUGCUGUCAGCUCAUGAUAAAGGCACGCACGCGGUGGUGCAGGUGAAGGUGAGGAAGGUGCUGCGCUCAGGUAUCGUGCUGCUGUCUCAGGGCACACACAGCCUGUACCCGUUGUCCUGGACCAGCCGCGGCUGCACCUGCCCCGUCCUCAACCCAGGAGCAGAGUACCUGCUGGCCGGUUCAGAGGAGGCAGAAUCGGGUCGUCUGCUGGUCACCAUGCGGAGUCUGGUAGUACCGUGGACCGACGCGCUCAGCUUUCUGGUCUCCGAAGCUCUGCGGCAAGGCUGCUUAUGAGAAGAACGUUCCGGAAAGCCACGUAUACACAACACUGAAAACUAGGACUUCACAGCUGGUUAUGUAAAGCCUGAAAUGUUAACCGAACUGUAAAAAUCUCCCGUAGUGAAGAAGGUCAGAGCACGUGGAGUCGUGACACACCCUGAUACACGGCUCAGGGCAGCUUAUUUAAUUGCUU